CCAAACACAGAGACGGACGUGUGGCUCAAAACUUCAAAACUUCAAACCUUCGAACACUAAAACAUCUCCCCUCCCUCUCUCGAAUUCAUUCGGCUUCUAUGGCGUCCUCCGUUCCUCUCCGACUCCACCCUCCUCAGCCACCUCCGGUCCUAUCUCACGGGCUUCGAAACCUCUCAAAGCUCAAAUUCACCCCGUUUCAAAUCCGCAAGUUCUCCUCACUCCCCCUCAAGAGAUUUCCAGCUUUCGCUUCUUCAUCGUCUUCGAAUACGUCGGAUUGGGACAGAGAAGAAAUAAGAUGGCUCAGAGAAGAACAACGGUGGCUCCGCGAAGAGCAACGGUGGAUUCGUGAAGAAUCGCGCUGGAAUUCGGAGCGGGAAGCGCUCCUCCGAGAAAUCUCUGAGUUGAAACUGCAAAUUGAAGCCCUAGAACGCCAGAAUUCUUUGCAAGGAGCUUCAAUGUCGGAGACAGUUGCCAACAUCGCGUCGCUCCUGCAGACACUGAAGGAUGCCGAGCUGAAUUCGCCGAAGCAACAUCGAAUUGCCGAGAGUGGUUCAGGGCCGACGCCAAUGCUAUUGGGACUGGAUAGCGAGAAGGUGAAGGAGACGGUUGUUGAGGAAGUUAGGGUGUUGGAGAGCAGCAAAGAGAACAAAGAGGAGGAAAAGCAGGAAAAGGUGAAGGAGGUUCGAUCCUUGAGAAUGGGAUCAGAAGGCGAAGACGUUCAAGCAAUGCAGGAAGCAUUGUUAAUAUUAGGAUUUUAUUCGGGUGAAGAAGAUAUGGAGUUUUCAAGCUUUUCAAGUGGGACUGAACGUGCUGUGAAAACCUGGCAAGCCUCAAUUGGUGCUCGUGAAGAUGGGAUUAUGACUGCUGAACUCUUGCAAAGGCUUUACAUGAAACAAGGGAGCAAGAACGAAAGCUUGAAAACAAAUGCAUAUCAGAAAGGGGAUGUUGUUGUACCUGACAAGGAGGGUGCAAAUGGAGCUGCUGUUGUUUCUGUGACAGAAAUCUCUGAGAUUCAGGAGACUGUUGUGAAGGAAGAUGGUGCUACAGAAAUUGAAGUAUCUCAACAGAGAGUAUUUCUUCUUGGAGAGAACCGGUGGGAAGAACCGUCCAGACUCAGAGGCAGGGAUAAAAAAAUUGGUGGAGAUAAACCUGAAUCUCCUACAACAAAGUGCCUUGCUUGUCGCGGAGAAGGCCACUUAUUGUGCACAGAAUGUGAUGGAACAGGUGAACCCAACAUUGAACCACAGUUUUUGGAGUGGGUAGACGAAGGAGCGAAGUGUCCAUAUUGUGAAGGCCUUGGAUAUACUGUCUGCGACGUAUGUGAAGGGAAAGGAAUCAAUGGAUGAUAUAUGCGUUUGCAUGUGUAUGUAUUACCUACAUGAUGUUUAUCAGCGUAUCAACAUAUGUUUCUGUUACAUAUUUUAGAUAUCAAAACCCCUGCACAAAGAGUGAACUUUUAAAAUGAGAUCA